AUGUCGACAACGACAGGCGCCUUCAUAGCAGGCGGCAUAGCCGCCUGCGGCGCCGUAACAGCCACACACCCUUUCGAAACAGUAAAAGUACGGUUACAGCUCCAAGGAGAGCUCCAGUCCAAAGACGUUGCAGUCAAAAAGUACAAAGGCGUCUUGCACGGUGUGAGUGUAAUAACGAAGAAUGAAGGUGCCCGAGGGAUCUACCGAGGCAUAGGGUGCGCAUACAUCUAUCAGAUGUUGCUCAACGGGUGCAGGUUGGGUUUCUAUGAGCCGUUGAGGGCAUAUACGACACAGGCUGUUUUUGAAGACUCUAAGGUGCAGUCGCUCGGCGUCAACAUCUUCGCUGGAGCUGCGUCGGGCAUUCUGGGAGCUAUGGCCGGGAGCCCGUUCUUCUUGGUCAAGACCAGGUUGCAGUCAUUUUCACCUACAUUGGCUGUUGGGACGCAGCAUAACUACAAGAAUGCUGUUGACGGGCUAAGUCAAAUCUACAAGUCGGAAGGGUUGAGAGGUUUAUAUCGAGGAAUGGGAGCUUCGAUGGUCAGGACGGGUGCUGGAAGCUCGGUGCAGCUGCCAACGUAUUUCUUUGCUAAAAGGCGAUUGAUCAAACAUGCUGGGAUGGAGGAUGGGCCGGCGCUGCAUUUGUUGAGCAGCACUGUCAGCGGCUUUGUGGUCUGCACUGUCAUGCAUCCCCCGGACACGAUGAUGAAUCGCCUCUACAACCAACGCGGCAAUCUGUACAAGGGCAUAUUCGACUGUCUGUACAAGACUGUGUCGACCGAAGGAGUAUUCGCGCUCUACAAGGGCUUCGGCGCUCAUCUUGCCCGAAUAUUACCGCAUACGAUAUUGACUUUGUCGCUGGCCGAGCAGACGAACAAGAUGGUCAGGAUAUUCGAGAAUAAGCUUCUUCCGGAAUCGAUCAAGGAGAGCAUAUAG